AUGACUCAGUUAGAAAUGGUUUAUUUAAUGACUGUAGCGAAAUACCUUAAAAGCUAUGAAGAUUUAGUUAAUUUUUCUAUGAUAAACAAGAAAACAAAUGAAGGACUACAAUCAUUUAAAGAGAAUUUAUGUUUAGACAAAGACAAUGUAAUAAAAGAAUUAAAAAUAUUUGGUGGAAUGACAAAUUAUCAAGGAACAAAUGUUAUUUCAUCGUUAAAAUCAAAUUAUGAAUAUUAUGAUAUUGAUGGAAAUAUUCAAGGAAUUCCUAUAAACAAAAUUCGUAAUUGGAAAACAGAUAGUCUUUGUAGUAAUGUCAAUGAAAUGAAGUCAUUAAAAAAACUUAAUAUUACUCUUGGUGGUGAUAUGCAAGGAUGGAUUUGUGCAAAAGAAAUGAAUUGGAAAGGAUUGAGAGAUAUAGAAACAUUAAGCCUAGUUAGAAUCACUCUUGAAGAAGAGCCUUCUACACCACUUGAAGAAGAUGAACUUAAACAAGUUUAUGAAGAAUUUAUUUCAAUUCUUAAAGAAAUUGGAAAUCGACCAGAAAUUAUAGUUGAAGGAGUUGCAUUAGAAUAUGUCCAACAAAUACUUUCACUUGGAAACAAUAUUAAAGUUAUUAAAAAAGUAAGAAGUAUUGAUGGAAUUGAAGAAUUAAGUAAAAACAAACGCUUUAUUGCAAUUAUUGAUGAAAUAGAAGGAGAAGUACUUCCAUUAAUUGAAAGUGGAAUACUUACUAAAUAUGGAAUUACUAAAGUAACAUUUACUUGGGAAGAUGAACACGGAGAAGGAAAACAUCCUACAAUAGAUUUAAGACAAUUUGAAUGUUUAAAGAGUAUUCAUUAUGGACCAAUGGAUGUUCAAUGUGAAUGGAUUUUACCAACAACAAUAACUGAAUUGAGUGCACUUAAAGAAAAUAUUACUAAUUUAAAUCAAUUACAACAAUUAAAAGAAUUAACAUUCUCAUCUAUUCCACAAUGUUCAUUGGAACAAUUAACCACAUUAGAAUUAUAUGAACCACAUGACUUUGAUGGAAUUGAAAAAUUAAAAUGUCAAGAGAUUCAUAUUUUUUAUUAUAGAGGACAAGAAUUAAAUCUUGAUAAAUCCACUGCAAAGAAAGUCAUUAUUAGAGACUGUUUUUCUCAUUCAUUACAUCUUGGAAAUCAAGUAGAACGAUUAGAAAUUAGUAGUAGUGAGUUUAAAAACAUUGAAUGUCCAGAAUCAUUAAAAGAUUUAGUGUUAAACAAUCUUGAUAAUUUAGAAGAAAUCAAAUUCAAUAAGUCUUUAAAAACAUUCCAAU